AGAAGCAUUCUUGGAAACAUUUGCAGGACUUUUGUUAUUGUUCUGUGAGAGCAUUAUUUUUCACAUUUAAUCCUGCGUUAUGGCUCUGAGUGGCGCUCUGAGUGGCGCUCUGAGUGGCGCUCUGUGGGUGUGUCUGUGCGUGCCGAUACUUCUCGCGGAUGGCAAAAGCGUAGGGCAACAUGACAGUCAGCCUAACAGCCUCGAGAAACCGUCCUCCCACACCAAACUGGAACCCCUUUGGAUCGCCAAGCAGCCCAGGACCCGGGUCGACGCCCCCAACCAGAGCGUCCCCCUCCCUGAGAUGUUGGAUCUAGACCUGGAUCAGCAGCACCGCCGCCAGGUCCGAGGCGCCGACGAGGACGAGCAGCAGUCCACCUUCAGCCAGUCCUUUGAGAACGACUCUGUGACGGCGCCGCAGGACACCGAGUUCGACAACGGGACAAAAGUCGGAGCGGGAGACGACGGCAACGAGGACGAUAACGAUCGUCAUGGAAACCCUCGAGCUUCCUCGAGCUCCGACAAAGACGCGCCAGGACUCUUCAACCCGUUCUACCCGCUGGUGGAGAGCUCGUACUCGGCCUACGCGGUGCUCUUCCUGGCCGGCCUGGUGCUGGCGGUGGGCGUGGUGGGAAACAUGGCGGUCAUGUGUGUCGUCUGGAACAACUACUACAUGAGGUCCGCCUGGAACUACCUGCUGGCAAGCAUGGCAUUCUGGGACUUCCUGGUCCUGGUGCUCUGCCUUCCUGUGGUGGUCCUCAACCAGCUCUCGCAUAGGAGGAUCCUGGGUGACAUCACCUGCCGAAUGGUGCCUUAUAUGGAGGCCGUGUCUCUGGGCAUCACCUCCUUCACUCUGUGCGCUCUGGGUAUCGAUCGUUUCCACGCCGCCACCUCCUCGUCCCAGCCAAAGGCGCGGCGUGUGGAGCGCUGCCGCUCGGUGCUGCUGAAGCUGAUUCUCGUGUGGCUCGCCGCUCUGCUGCUGUCCAGCCCUGAGAUCUUCCUGUGGCAGCUGAGCCAGGCCGUGUCCCCGUCCACCGGGCGACUGGUCGACUCCUGCACCAUCACCCCCUCCUCCCCUCUGUCCCUCUACCUGCCCGACUCCCUCCACUCUCUGCUGCUCAGGUACCACCAGGGUCGUAUGUGGUGGUGUUUCGGCUGCUACUUCUGCCUCCCCAUCCUCUUCACCAUCCUCUGCCAGAUGGCCACCCGCAACGUCAACAGCGACUCCAGCUCCGCCCAAAAGCAGCGUACCCACGACGACCGCUCCUCCAAUCAGAAGCGUCAGCAGCACCAGGCGGUGGAGCGCCAGCUGAACUGCACUCUGCUGGCGCUGGCUGUGGUCUACGGCGUCUGCGCUCUGCCCGAACACGUCUGCAACAUCACACUGGCAUACACGCACAUCACCGUCUCGGAGGACACGGCCGCCAUGCUGGCUCUGCUGCAUCACUUCCUGUUGUUCUUCAAGUCGUCGGUGACGCCGGUGCUGCUGCUCUGUCUGUGUAAGGCUCUCGGUCAGGCCUUCAUGGACUGCUGCUGCUGCUGCUGUCAGGAGUGUCAGCCAACCUCGGCUCAGGGCUCGCCGAGCUCCGCCCAGGUCAAACUGAAGGCGGCCAAUGAGGCGUCCAUCUUCUUCGACAAGGCUAAAGAAACGUCCGCCAUCUUGGCAAUCUCCAGCUAGAGCCAUAGAUCCCUCUUUCAACAUCAGUCCCAGCGUUUCAAAUCUUCUUUCACCGCCCGAGUGUUUCUCCUCUUCCUUUAGAUUUAGUUUCUUCUCUUGUCCCUCAAAUGUUUUUCUCCCACGUCUGGGUUUUCUCUUCAUCCGUUUCUUUCUUUCAGAACACAUCAAUGGUCAUCUUUCUUCAUCUUCCCGUCCGUCCUCUCCUCCUCUUCCAGAGUACCAUUUGUAUGAUACCCCUCUAUGGACACAGUGUUUCUCCCUUCCUGCUUCCUGUCUGUGCAGGAAGUGAUGUUUUAAUCUUUAGUGAGAUUAGCUUAAAGUUGCUGUACUUGCACAACCGGCUGUUGUAAAAGCAGGAGCCUGGUUCAGGACUCUCUGAAUGGACUCUUCCCUCUGACUUCCUGCUGUAAGGAUGUUUGAUGUGUACAGUAACUGCAGCGGCGGAAAAACAUGGAUGGUCUUCUUUUGUUGGUCUGAAGUUUUGUAUGUUUAAAGGGAAAGUCACAGAAACCUUGGUCCCAAAAUAUAAGUACUCUAAAAGUCUAAUAUGAGCUUUUUUUGGUUAAGUGAACAACUUGCUGUCAAAUAAACCACCUUAAAUAUGUUACAUUAGGGCCAGGUGUAAAAAUCCUGGAAUUACUCCAGUUCAGCUAGUUCUAAGAACCAAUGAAUGAAUCUACUGAAACGUGAUGUAUUCGGCUCAGUUUCUCUGAAUUAACGAGAUACUGGCUCCUCUAUAUCCCAGCAGAAGCUCUCAUUAAGACCACUCGAGGAAGAACGUGCGACAUGUUCCACAUAAAUAAAUCAUAAAGUCUGUCCUGUGUAAAUGUGUCUCUGAGUCCUGACUGUCUACAAUGAGGGAGAAGCUCGAGUCCCGCUGGCUGUGUUGUUGUCAGAGCCGUGUUUACAUGGACGGGACGGCCGGCUCCUCCC